AUGACAGCAAUUCAGUGUGCCUGUUAUCGAUCACAUUUCACUGUAGCUAAAACUUUGAUUGAAAUCGGAGGAGCCAAUUUAUAUCAUGAUAAUGAAAAAUGGCUAAAUUGCCCAUUACUUAUUCAAGCUAGUGCAGAAAAUCGUCUUGAUAUAGUUCGUUUUCUCGUUGAAAAUGGUUACUCUGAUGUUAACAAGUCUUGGUCGAAUGACGAGGACCAAUGUACGGCUAUGAUAUUGGCUGCUUCCAAAGGGUACACAACUUUAAUCGAAUAUUUAAUCGAAAAGAAUGCUGAUGUCAAUUACACUUGUAAAAGCAACAGACUCCGUGGAUCAACACCAAUUACGAUUGCUGUUGCUCAAGGUCAUAUUGAUGUGGUACGAUUGCUAUGUGAUGCAGAUGCGGAUACAAACGUCAAGUUGAAUGAUGGUAAAACUCUUCUCAUGGUUGCUGUGAGAAAGAAACGUUUUGAUGUGAUUGAUUUCUUCGUCAAACGUUCAAUAGUCACUAUCGAGAACCUCGAGCUUGCUGCCUGUUCAUUAGUUGUCACCAAUUCGCCGAUGCGACACUUACACCGCGCUGCAAAGCUCUUGGUUCUUGCUAUUGAGUAUCGGACAUCUAGUCAGACACCAAAGGUAUGUAUAAAGCCCAAUGUUGCCUAUGAGUAUCAUCAAGAAUGUCAAACAGUCGAAGAACUUGAAGCUAUUAAACAUGAUCAUGAUCGAAUGUGGAUUGAAACAGCACUCGUUCGAGAGCGUCUUUUACUUUCACGAAAUGAUCAUAAUUUAAUGAAACCGUUGUUGGAUCAUGGCGAUGUAUUAGUAUCCAAAGGUGAGUUUGACAAAUGUUUACAUUUGUGGAUUCAUGCAUUUAACCUCUAUCAAAAAAUGCAGAUAGACACUUGUCUGCAUCGAUUCGUAUGGUUAUUUUGUAAAAUGUUUACAGCAAAUCAACAAAUUCCUAUUGAUCAAUUUCUAAAGAGUCUAAUGAAAUCAGAACGUAAUGCUGUUAUUAAAAAUAUACGAAUACUUUUAAAAGCUCUAGGUAUAGAUCAACAAGUCGAUGAAGAAACAACAGAGACAGGUACCAACAACAAUUCCUCAACACAUCAAAAACGUAUUAAAAUAGACACUGUACACGAUGUUCUCAAGUCUUUUAAUGCAUUUGUAGACUCAUCAUCAGACGAUGAUGAUAAGAGGCCGAUGGAUAAAGUAGAUGAUUAUAUUAAAGCGAAAAUAUCAUACCCAAAAGGAGAAUCACUUUUACAACGGUGGCAAAAACACUCUAUCAUAUACAAAAAGUUAUCAUCAUUGGCAUGUUCUCUCUUAGCAGUACCUGCAGGUUCUGCUGUAUCUGAAAGAAUAUUCAGUAAAACAGGUCGGAUUCUUGAAGUUCGACGUCAACAAAUAUCACCAGAAUCACUUGACUCUCUUAUUUUUUUACGAAAUUUUUCAGUUGUUUUGUAUAAAUUGAAGAUGUAUUAUUGA